CAACAAUAGAUCGAUUGUUCGACGCGUCUGGCUGAUUCAUGCUAGGACAAUGCGCUCGAUAUUUGCUGCGACCUUUGGUGCUUCGGCUUUUCGUCUGCGCAUAUCCCUACUUUGAUACAUAAGUAAGUGUCAAGGCCCGGCAUGCGAAUAAGUCAUGACCCUAAGUGAUGGUCAAUUGAAUUUUAUCUGACCCAAUGCUCAUCGGGGGAUAGCACCGCGAUCCAUGUUGCUCCCUAAUCAUGGGGUUGCAAACUGCCCCUUCAAUAAGCUUCCUAUCGAGCUCAAGGAGCUUGUUUUGCAGUACUCGAUGCCUACGGAGGUCCCUGAGAUUGCGUUCCUGCCCGGUGGCUUGCGCCCAAUUAUUCCUCUAGGUCCUCGUCCGGAUGACUCUGCAGAGCAUUAUCUGAUAAUCUACACGGCGUAUCCGGUGCUCAUGCAUGUCUGUCGCGAAUGGCGAGGCUUUGCCGUUGCCCGCACGACUCUUCGCUAUUCCCAAACAGCGUUGAUGGAUGUGCCAACCAGGCAAUUUCGUCCAGAAAUUGACGUCCUCUACAUCCCUGCUGUGGAUUCUAGCCCAGUCUGGUUCAGUGCUGACAGACACUGCUCGACAACUCGUCAUAUUGCCAUGCAGCCGCAGACUUUUCUAAACUACGGGGCACGGUCGUUGGCACUAAUGACAUAUUUUACAAAUAUGGAGACAUUGACGAUCAUCCUUCCAUCAUCCACGGGGCGCCAUUCCCUACAUGCCGCAUUCUCAGCUCCCACAGCACGAUGCCGGCUGCGGCGUAUCAGUGGUGCAUCGCUCAAUGACCUAGGCACGCUUUCCGUGGUGCAUGAGAGAGGGCCGGAAGCCAGGAGUCCAGGUCAGGUCGCACGAGUCUCGGCAUUGUUACAUUGGGUUGAGGUCGUAGUGCAAAGGACGGCCCAGUAUCUUUGGGCAACCCAGGAAUGGGAUUCUUCGCAGCAUGGAGAACAGAACCGGAAUACACAGGCCUCGCCUUUCGAGAUUUUGGUGCAGACUUUUAUUGAGUAUCGGUAUGAGAAUGGGUCGUACCACUGGAUGGAAAGCCGAGAAAGGUAGGUCAUGACUAUUCAUGAAUCACAACUAGUUUCAUCCAUCUACAAGACC